GGGCUACCAACAUUCACAGCUACAAUAUCGAGACGAGUGCUAAAUGACUAGUGAGUUUUCAGUGUGGCGUUAUUUUGGAUUGGAAUGUUUACAGUUUUGGGUUAAGAUUAGUUAAUUGUGUUUAAAACCACUAUGUGUAAACUAGAGAGUGAAAACACUGUUUUAAAAUUUGUAAAUCAGUAAUGUGGUUGUGAAACAACGACGCAUCAUCUAAUUGAAGGAUAACCUGGACAUUUUAAUCAAACCAAGACAAUGGUGUUGGUGAGAAAUUGCUUCUGCUGUUUUAGCCUACGCUCUGGCAUGUUAUUGUUGGGAUGGACACAAGCGGUGAUGUCCAUACUGGCAUUAAUAGGAGUAAUUCUGGAUGACAGCUCAAUUUCUUCGUCUGACAUUCAUCGCUUCUUUGGAACCAGUAUAAAAACUCUCUACGUUCUUUUGGGAGGAAGUGUCAUACAAACUAUAGCCGCAGUAUUUCUACUCUAUGGCGUUUACAUGAAAAAAAGCUCUUAUGUGUUGGAGUAUGUGAAAUUAGAAACUUUGCUUCACUUCGCUACUCUGCUGGAAUUUCUGCUGUACUUACUUCUCGAGUAUUCAACAUUUUCAACCCAUGAAGUCUACAUUUUCCUAGCAUUUCUAGGAAUAAAUUACGGACUGGCUGUUUAUUAUCUUAUCGCAGCCUACAGCUACUAUCAGAUAAUGACGAACCCUGAGUUAUCACCACUCAAUCCUGCCUAGAAAUGUGUACACAUACGAGUCAUCAACAAAAACUGAUAUUGUGUUGUGGCUUUGUCAGAUGUAAAUUACGCUUUUAGUACUUAAUGAACUUUUAAAUCCAAAUGUUGUAUUAAAACUGUUUUAUAUCUUUC